GGUAGAGCCUCUUCACCACUGGGCCUCCACUCUGAGGCAGCACCUCAGUGCAGUCACCCGGUGGUUAAGAACACAGGCCCAGUCAGACCACAUAUAUGCUGGUUUGAGUGCUGCCAAGCUGCUCGGUGGCUGCAUAACCUCCACUGAGUCCUUUUACCUUUCUUUGCCUCAGUUUCCUCAUCUGCAAAAUGGAGACAACAAAUAGUACUCUGCUUCAGUAGAGUUAUUUAGGGGACAGAGUGAGGUCACACACGAAAGUGCCGAGAACACUGUCUGGCACACAGUAUGUGUUUGCUGUGUGUUUGCUAUUAUUAUUGGUUACACAGUGAAGGCUUGGGGCUGCUUCGGUGGCUCCCAACACUUCCUCCCUCCCUCCCCGCCAUUUGCACCACAGCUAAGCCCAGAUCCCACUGUGAGGGAAACUGUAAACCCACUUUCUUCUGAGAAAAAAACUUUAUCUACUUGCAGAUUCCUGUUAUUUAUGUAGGAUUUAGAGUCAUUCUAACGUGCGCCAGAUGCCUUGUGAGCACCAUACAAAUAGCACCUACCCCUGAACUCUGAGCUCCCUGCACUUCCCCAUCAUCCUGGUUCCGGGGCCUGGAGGAUGAUGCCGUGGUUGCAGAACUCGGGCUGGACUUUCAGAGAUUCCUGACCUUGAACCGGACCCUGCUAGUGGCCGCCCGGGAUCACGUUUUCUCCUUCGAUCUUCAAGCCCAGGAAGAAGGGGAGGGGCUGGUGCCCAACAAGUACCUGACAUGGCGGAGUCAGGACAUGGAGAAUUGCGCCGUGCGGGGGAAGCUGACCGAUGAGUGCUACAACUACAUCCGUGUUCUGGUUCCUUGGGACUCACGGACGCUUCUUGCCUGUGGCACCAACUCGUUCAGCCCUGUGUGCCGCAGCUAUGGGAUAACGUCUCUGCAGCAGGAGGGUGAAGAGCUGAGUGGACAGGCUCGAUGCCCCUUUGAUGCCACCCAGUCCAAUGUGGCCGUCUUUGCAGAGGGCAGCCUUUACUCGGCCACAGCCUCGGAUUUCCAGGCCAGUGAUGCUGUGGUUUACAGAAGCCUUGGGCCUCAGCCCGCACUCCGUUCUGCCAAGUACGACUCCAAGUGGCUCAGAGAGCCAUACUUUGUCCAUGCCUUGGAGCACGGAGACCAUGUCUACUUUUUCUUCCGAGAGGUCUCUGUCGAAGAUGCCCGGCUGGGAAGGGUGCAGUUCUCCCGAGUGGCCCGUGUGUGUAAGCGGGACAUGGGUGGCUCGCCUCGGGCCUUGGACCGCCACUGGACAUCCUUCCUGAAGCUGAGGCUCAACUGCUCUGUCCCUGGGGACUCUACCUUCUAUUUUGAUGUCUUACAGGCCUUAACUGGGCCUGUGGACUUUUAUGGCCACCCUGCUCUCUUUGGGGUCUUCACUACCCAGACCAAUAGCAUCCCUGGCUCUGCAGUCUGUGCCUUCUACCUGGAUGAUAUUGAGCGUGGAUUUGAGGGCAAGUUCAAGGAGCAAAGGAGUCUGGAUGGGGCCUGGACACCUGUGUCUGAGGACAGGGUUCCCUCCCCCAGGCCAGGAUCCUGUGCAGGAGUAGGUGUGGCUGCCUUGUUCCCCUCUUCUCGAGACCUCCCUGAUGACGUUCUAACCUUCAUCAAGGCUCACCCACUGCUGGACCCCGCUGUGCCACCUGCUACCCAUCAGCCUCUGCUCACCCUCACCAGCAGGGCCCUACUGACCCAGCUAGCCGUGGACGGUAGGGCCGGCCCCUACAGUAACACCACCGUCCUGUUCCUGGGCUCCAAUGAUGGGACAGUGCUGAAGGUGCUGCCCCCAGGGGGGCCCACUGGGGGACGCGAGCCAGUCCUGUUGGAAGAGAUCAAUGCAUACAGCCCAUCCAGGUGCAAUGGGAAGCGGGCAGCCCAAACGGCCCGGCGAGUCAUAGGGUUGGAGCUGGACACCGAAGGUCACAGGCUCUUUGUGGCUUUUUCUGGCUGCAUUAUCUACCUCCCUCUCAGUCGCUGUGCCCAGCAUGGGGCCUGUCGGAGGAGCUGUCUGGCUUCUCAGGACCCCUACUGUGGAUGGCAUAGCUCCAGAGGCUGUGUGGAUAUCAGGGGACCUGGUGGGAAUUAUAUGGAUCCAGCUGGGACCCAGGAAUCCCUGGAACACAGUGACUGUGAAGAUGGAGCUACGGGGAGUCACUCUGGCACAGGGGAUUCUGCUUAUGGCGUGCGCCGGGACCUCCCCCCAGCCUCAGCCUCCCUCUCCGUCCCCAUCCCACUCCUCCUGGCCUGUGCUGCUGCAGCCUUCGCCCUGGGCGCCUCGGUCUCUGGCCUCCUGGUCUCCUGCGCUUGCCGCCGAGCCCACAGACAUCGGAGCAAGGACGUGGAGACUCCGGGGCUCCCGCGCCCCCUCUCCCUUCGCAGCUUGGCGCGGCUGCACGGUGCGGGCGCAGAGCCGCCGCCGUCCAAGGACGGGGACGGGGCGCAGACACCGCAGCUCUACACCACCUUCCUGCCUCCCCCUGACGGCGUGGCCCCGCCGGAGCUGGCCUGCCUGCCCACGCCCGAGUCCACGCCGGAGCUGCCGGUCAAGCGCCUGCGCCACGCCGGGAGCCCCUGGGAGUGGAACCAGAACGGGAACAAUGCCAAAGAGGCCCCGGGCCGCGCGCGGGGCGGGAACGCGGGGGGCGGCCCCGCGCCGCGCGUGCUGGUGAGGCCGCCGCCGCCCGGCUGUCCCGGCCAGGCCGUGGAAGUCACCACGCUGGAGGAACUGCUGCGCUAUCUGCACGGGCCGCAGCCGCCCAGGAAGGCGGCCGAGCCCCCGGCCACGGCGGCCUUGGCCUCGCGGCCGCUCCCGUCCGCCCCCGCCCCGGUCCUGUUUGCGGGCUCCAGCCUCCUCCCGCGGGAGUGCGGGCCGCCGCUGAGGCUGGACGUGCCCCCCGAAGGCCAGUGCGCCGCCCCCUCCGCCCGGCCCGCGCUGUCCGCCCCGGCGCCGCGCCUGGGGGUCGGGAGCGGCCGGAGGAUGCCCUUCCCCACGCACCGCUCCCCGCCGGCCCUGCUCACCCGGGUCCCCUCGGGGGGGCCCUCCAGGUACUGCGGGGGCCCCGGGCGACAUCUCCUGUAUCUGGGCCGGCCGGAGGGCUACCGGGGCCGCGCGCUGAAGAGGGUGGACGUGGAGAAGCCCCCGCCGCCCCCGAAGCCUGCCCCGGCCGCGGCCGCCCCCCCGCAGGCCGUGCCCAGCGGCAGCCGUCUCCACCUCUGAGCGGGGCCGGCGCGUGAGGCCCGAGCCCCCAGGGGACGGGGGCGUGCCCCUCCGUGUCCCACACUCCAGCCGGCCCGCCUCGGGGUUAUUUAUUGACUGUCUUUCCCCCUGUCCUCGAGAGAGGAGUGGGAGGUGAGAAGCCCGCCCCUCCAGCGAGCCAGCCUUUCGGGGGGAACUGGCGCCCUCCCACUCCCCUCUCCCUCAGCCGAGCUGCCUUAACUCGCCUCCCUGGGCUCCCUGCGCAGACCGGGCCGCGGGCGGGCCGCAGGGCGGACGGACAGGCGAGCGGGGCCGGGGCCGGGGCCGGGGCCGGGGCCGGGGCCGCGCGCUGCGUCGAGUCCUCGGGCCUCCCGAGACAUGCCUCCUCCUACUGUGUAGGAGCCUCGGCCUCCGCUGCAGCUGUGCCCCGAGCCGUGCCUACUGUCCCGGAGUGGAGGGGGCCGGCCCCCAGGACUGCGGACGGCCGCGGUCCUCCCGGGGUUCCUCAGGAAAGGUUUCCUGAAGGAGGCAAACAAAGAAAUGGUGUGUGGAGAUGAGCCGGGGCCCCGGAGACCCACGGCACCACCGCAGCGGUGGGGAGGGCGCUGGAGCACGUUCUGCACCGAGGACGUUUUCGUAGCCUGUUCCAUGGGGGUGGGGGGAGGGCGUUCUUUGAGAAAUAAAAUUAAGCUGCAGCGCGAGUGACUUAAGUUUCACAACGGGAAAUCUUGUCCUAAAGAAUCUGGAGAGUGGGGGUCGCAUGGUAGGGGGGCUGCAGAGGACUCGGCCCCACCCGAGGUAGGGGCUCCCGCGGCAGCGCCAGAGGGCGCAGUUAGCUCCCCUCGCAGAACCCCGAGGCGGGGCGGCGCGUGUUUCCUCGCGCGCAUGCGCGACCUCUCCCCUCGGUCGGGCUGCGCUCCAGCGCGGCGCCGGGAGGCUCGGCCCGGGGGGUCCGUCCGUCGUUCCUCCGGCCGCGGCUGGCCGAAGCCGAAGAAACCUGUUAUCCCAAGGACCAAUGGGGGGGGGGGCACAACUAGCCGCCUCGUCCACUACCUCGGGCUUAAGGACACUUAAAGCCUCGCGCAGGCAGUGGCCGGCUUUUGCGGGUUUGUAAGUCCGGGUUUCCUCCGGUGCGGGGCCGGAGAGUGUCCGCUCAGCUGGAACCCGCGGCCGCCGUCCCGCUGGCGCCGCCUGCAGGCCGGCCCGAGCCCUGCAGCGAAGGAAGCCUUGGCGGCCCCUUCCCGGAUCGCCGCCGAACUGCCUCGGCCUGGAAACGGCCGGUCGAGAACAAUUUGGUGAGGAACCGAGAUUUGUUUCUAGCUCUGCCCUUUAGUACCUGUAAUCCUGACCACUCAGAACUUGGCCCUAAGCCUCAGUUUCCUCAUCUGAAAAACAGGGUGGUUUGAGAGGCUCAAGUAAUUAAAAUGUAUGUAGAAAUGCUCUUAAAGGAGAAAGCAUGGUA